CGAGCCCAAAGGGCCCUGGGCAAGCUGUGAAGUCGGUCCUCCCAUUUUGUACCAUAUGGCGCCGCCGGUGAGGUCGGUCCUCCCCGUCGUGCUCCUCGGCUGCGGCGGCGUCGGCCGCCACCUCCUCCGCCACAUCGUCUCCUGCCGGCCGCUCCACGCCAACCAGGGCGUCGCCAUCCGGGUGGUCGGCGUCGCCGACAGCUCCUCUCUGCUCGUCGCCGACCUCCACUCUAACGGCCUCGAUGACGCGCUCCUCACUGAUCUCUGCGCCGCCAAGUCCGCAGGCUCGCCCCUAUCUUCCCUGCUCUCUCGAGGGCAAUGCCAGAUAUUCAACAACCCUGAGGCCAGGACAAAAGUCAUUGAUACUGCUAGCGUUCUUGGAAAAACAACUGGUCUUGUACUAGUUGAUUGUUCUGCAACCUAUGAUACUGUUGGCAUGCUAAAGGAUGCUGUCGAUUGUGGAUGCUGUGUUGUAUUGGCAAACAAGAAACCUCUUACUUGUACAUAUGAGGAUUUUGAAAAGUUGGUCUCCAACUUCCGUCGGAUAAGAUUUGAAUCUACUGUUGGAGCUGGUUUGCCUGUAAUAGCUUCUGUAAGCCGUAUUCUUUCCUCUGGAGAUCCAAUUUCUCGUAUAGUCGGCAGUCUGAGUGGUACACUUGGUUAUGUGAUGAGUGAGCUGGAGGAUGGAAAGAGAUUUAGUGAAGUUGUGAAAGCUGCAAAGUCUCUUGGUUAUACAGAACCAGAUCCACGAGAUGAUCUCAGUGGGAUGGAUGUAGCUAGAAAGGCAUUGAUCUUAGCUAGACUUCUGGGGCAACAGAUCAGCAUGGAGGACAUUAAUGUUGAGAGUUUAUAUCCUAGAGAGUUAGGACCUGAUGCAAUGUCCACAAAGGACUUCCUUGAAAGUGGCUUAGUACAACUUGAUAAAAGCAUUGAAGAAAGAGUCAAGGCAGCAUCAUUGAAAGGAAAUGUUCUUCGCUACGUCUGUAAGAUUGAAGGCAAAGGGUGCCAAGUGGGCCUUCAAGAGCUCCCGAAAAACUCAGCAUUGGGAAGGUUGAGAGGCAGUGACAAUGUGGUGAAAACUAAACAGCCUACCAGCGUGAGCAGGGUUGAGAUAUACAGCAGAUGCUACGAGAGCGCACCUCUGGUGAUUCAGGGCGCAGGAGCUGGCAACGAUACCACUGCAGCUGGAGUUCUUGCCGACAUUGUUGAUCUCCAGGAUCUCUUCCACAAAACGGACUGAAUUCUAUCAUGUCUUGUUGUUCCUGCGCUUGUGAGGCCUUUGAUCACAGUGUGUACUUGAACAAACUUCGACUAGACAUCAAUUUUGAUACUGUAUACAGACGGGUUUCGAAUAAA